CAUCCUCCUAAAUUUGGAAGAAGGUCUCCGCAGCAGCCUCCUCAACCAGGUCACCCAGAGAACGAGAGGAGAAUCGUCCAAGAUGGUUCAGCGUCUUACUUACCGCAAGCGCCAUAGCUAUGCUACCAAGUCUAACCAGCACCGUGUCGUCAAAACCCCUGGCGGGAAGCUUGUGUACCAGACUACCAAAAAAAGAGCCAGUGGUCCGAAAUGUCCGGUUACCGGAAAAAGGAUUCAGGGAAUUCCUCACUUGAGGCCAGCUGAAUAUAAGAGGUCUAGAUUGGCUAGAAACAGGAGGACCGUUAAUCGUGCAUACGGCGGUGUUUUAUCUGGCGGUGCCGUUAGAGAGAGGAUCAUUCGGGCCUUUUUGGUGGAAGAGCAAAAGAUUGUGAAGAAGGUAUUGAAGAUUCAGAAGGCGAAGGAGAAGCUUGCAUCAAAGAGCUAAAUUAUCAAAUAGGUGGUGGUGUUUUUUUUAGAAAAUUGAAGAAAUUUUGGCUUUUUUUUUUUUAUGAGUUGAUGCUGAAUUUUAGAGAUUAUUAUUUAAAAUUUGGUUUUGAUGGAAUGAGAUUCUAGUUCCGGAAUUCACCUUUGAUUGUUAUAUGUCGUACACUUCUAUGAUAUUUUUGCCUUUUUAUUAGAUUUUUUA